CGGCAGGGUGACAGCGGACUGUCCAGGAGGAGAAGGGAAAACCGAACAGAGUUAGAGAACCGGGAAAGCUUCCAACUUUUUUUUUUUUUUCGCGAACCGCGAUAAAUUAAAUAGAUAAUUAAUUUAUUAAACCGAAGGAACCGAUGAGCGCAGCGGUCAGUUUGAACUUUAUCCAAAUAACUUCAGUUCGGCUGCACUCGAUGAUCACGAGGUUACUGGAUCAUAUCAGCUGAUUUCUGUUUGUGGCUGGGGGAGUUUGAGGAUGAAAGAGAACUAAAACACGACCCAAGCGGUCACUUUGAAGUGGCUUAAAUGGGACGGGCUCACGUGCUCGUGUCCUUUUACAGAUAACAGCAGAGAAGGUGCAGCUGUCCAGACCCACGACUGCGCUACCUCUCAGGAUAGAGACAGAGGACAGGACACUAAGGACAGAGGAAAGGAAAUAAAAACAACCUCCACUCUGACACUGAGCCCAACAGAUACAUCACUUAUCUUUCUAGAAACCCGCCCGGACUAUGGCCGCCUCCUCACAAGACAGCUGCCUCUGGUUGCUCUGGAGACGGACCCUGCUCGCGCUGUGGCUGUGCGCUGCAGCGCGUGGGGCGGAGGAUGAAAGAGAUUUCAACGCCGAGUCGUGGCUGAGGAUGUAUGGCUACCUGCCCCAGGCCAACCGACAGAUGUCCACCAUGCGAUCAGCUCAGAUCCUGUCCAACGCCAUCAGUGACAUGCAGCGCUUCUAUGGUCUGGAGGUGACUGGCCAGAUGGACUCCCAAACCGUCAGCGCCAUGAAGAGACCCAGAUGUGGUGUGCCUGACAAGUUUGGAAGGCAGAUCAAAACCAAUGUUCGUCGGAAGCGUUAUGCUCUCACUGGACAUAAAUGGAGCAAAAGACAUCUCACUUACAGCAUUCAGAACUUCACUCCCAAAAUUGGAGAGUAUAACUCGUAUGAUGCCGUUCGACGGGCCUUUAAGGUCUGGGAGGGAGUCACCCCACUGGUAUUUGAAGAAAUCCCCUACCAGGAAAUCAAAUAUGGCCGCCGUAAGGAGCCAGACAUCAUGAUCUUCUUUGCUUCGGGUUUUCACGGUGACAGCUCUCCGUUUGACGGCGAGGGGGGUUUCCUGGCUCACGCAUACUUCCCUGGACCUGGUAUGGGUGGGGACACACACUUUGACGCAGAUGAACCCUGGACCAUAGGAAGGCACAAUGUACAAGGUAACGACCUCUUCCUGGUGGCAGUCCAUGAACUGGGACACGCCCUGGGCUUAGAGCACUCCAGUAACCCCAUGGCCAUCAUGGCUCCCUUUUAUCAGUGGAUGGAGACAGAGAACUUUGAGCUGCCUGACGACGAUCGACUCGGCAUCCAGCAGAUCUAUGGUCAGCCUGACAGCGGCCCCACUCAGGCCCUGCCCACUAUGCCAGCUCGUCGCCCGGAGCCCAGACCACCUCAGACUCCCCCCCGACAUCCCGACCGGCCCAGAACCACCGACAGACCCGAUCACUACGGGCCCAACAUCUGUGAAGGGAACUUCGACACUGUUGCUAUGCUGCGUGGAGAGAUGUUUGUUUUUAAGGGUCGGUGGUUCUGGAGGGUGCGCAGGAACAGGGUCCUCGACAACUACCCCAUGCCCAUCGGACACUUCUGGAGGGGUCUGCCAGGGGACAUCGAUGCUGCUUACGAGAGACAUGACGGCAGGUUCGUCUUCUUUAAAGCGAACAGAUUCUGGCUCUUCAGGGAGGCAAACCUUGAACCAGGCUACCCUCAGGAGCUGGUUGAUUAUGGGCGAGAUAUUCCAUAUGAUCGGAUAGAUACAGCCAUCUGGUGGGAACCGUCUGGCUACACUUACUUUUUCCAAGGAGACAGAUACUGGCGCUUCGAUGAGACGUCACGGUCUGCUGACAGGGGCUACCCAAAGUCAAUCGAUAUCUGGGAUUCUUCAGUGCCUGCUUCUCCCAAGGGGGCCUUCCUGACUGAUGAUGGGGGUGAGCUGAGAGAGCAUGAGAGGAUUUUGCUGAAUGGUUUUGUAUUGGUGUAACCUUAAAUUUUCCUU